CUCUUGCGCAAUCCCUUCGUUUCAUGUGCUGAUGUCCAACAAUAUGUAAAAAGAUCACCGCUUUCGCAACAGUCUCCAAACUUCGAUGUCGGUAUGCAUGUAAGCAAGUAUUACGUUUCUAGCCGAUCUUUACUUUACAACGAUACAACUUGAAAGCGCUGCAAAACAAUGACAAACAAUACACCUCCUGCUGUUGGGCGAAGGGAGUACUUGCUUGCUUCUGGAACAAGGCUCAUAGUGUUCCAAGGCAGCAUGCCCGACUGGCCAAAAAUGCAAUUGGAUAGACCAGACGCAGACCGGAUACGACCCAUCGCGGUAGUCAAUGCUGCUAACCAGAGGCUUUGCGGAGGGGGUGGUGUUGAUGGGAUGAUACACAAGAAAGCCGGGCCGGAGCUCCUUCAAGAGUGCCAAAGUUUGCCAGAAAUCCGGCCGGGGAUUCGCUGUCCUACCGGGGAGGCUGUCGUCACCGGCGGCUACAAGUUCGGCACCGACUACAUCAUCCACACAUGCGGCCCGGUGUAUGCCACCGAUAAGAGGGCGGAAUGCGAGGGGUACCUGACCAACGCGUACAGACACUCGCUCCAGGCUGCAACCAAGCUGGGGACCAAGGUCGUUGCAUUCGCAGCCAUCUCGACCGGCGUGUAUGCCUACCCCAUCCGAGAGGCAACGAAGACCUCCUUCACCGUCCUCAAGGACGCCAAGCCGCCAGUCCAGGAGGUGUGGGUCGUCAUGUUCAUGCAAAGUGACUUCGACACGGCUGUUGCAGUGGCCCAGGAGCUCAACCUGCAGGAGUACGUGCCCGGGCAGAUGCCGCUGCCCCUCCCGUCACCACCGCAACAACAACAACAACAACAGGAAACACAGCCUGCCCAAUCGCAACUGCAGCUGCCUCAACAGCCGCAAGUGCCACAACAGCAGCAACCGCAGCAGCAACAACAACAGCAGCACAAAUCCCCGCAAGAGCUCCCCUGGAACGCAGCCAUGUCGGGCCUGCUGUCCAACAACUCCCUCCUGCACGUGCAGCUGCCGCCCACGCAGCCGUCUUGACGGGGCCCAGAGCAUGUGGAGCCUGCUCGGGGUGGACAGCCCAGCGUGAGCAGCAGCAGCGGCGGCGGAGGAGGCGGCCGUGUGGACGGUGCUGCUGUUGAGGUCGUCGCCACUGGUGCUGUGUUGGGUAGCAACAUCCCGAUCACAUGCUUGGAGGCAGGAAAGGAAGGAACACGUGAAGCGAGCUUACCUGGCAGCACGCGCGCAGGCUGCGGGCGUCAGGGAGCAGCGCAGGAGCGGCUGAGGCUGCGGCUGCCAAACAGGGCUGAAGCAGGCGGCAGUUGGAAUGGCAGCUGCAGCGGUGACGAGAGCUCUUGCUUUGGGGUCUCAAGGGGACGAGCUGUUAGUGCCAGCGGUGGCGCUGGCGGGGUUGCUGCCUCAAGCGGUGUUGGCAGCGGCGGAACGAGGAGGGCGAG